UGUGUGUGUGUGUAUGUGUGUGUGUCUCAAUCAACGAGGCUACUGCCACCAGAGCCAAAGAGUUGCCGUUCCGCGCACCAGUGCCAAAACGCGCAGGAGGAGUCAGUGCCAAAGGGUCAUUUUAGCGCGCCGCCGCUGAGGUGGAAGGACUGUAGGGAGCCCGCAGAGCCAACAGCUGCUGUUUGACCCGACAUACUUUAAUCACAUMUUCAAGAAUCAGAGAAAAGCAAAAGGAGAAAUCAAAUAAAUAAAAGAAGAAGAAGAAGAAGCAUUUAUCCCAUCCUCCGGCGGAGCGCUCUUCUGUCUGCAGAGGUGUUGCUUCCCCCCGAAGCGGCUGCAGGGACUCGGGAGUCCUCCCCUCCUGUCCGAGCUGCGCCCGGUCCACCUCCGAAACGCGCGUCCAACUUUCCGCCUUCUUGAGCGAACGCGAUCAGGAGGAGCAGGAAGGGAGAUCUAGUUACCUGCGACCCAGAGAAGACCGACACCACGGUCCGAGCCGACUCCGAGCGCCGUUCACCGGGCGAUGCCAGAGUAAAUGCCGGGGCGAUGUCCCGCCGCAAGCAGGUGAACCCGCAGCACUUCUCGUUGACGCACAGGGAGACGGCGCAAGCAGAGGCCAAUCAUGACUCGGGGGCGAGGUCRCCGUCGCCGCAGCCGUCCAGCCCCAGCCUCCGCAGGCCGGGCCACGGCGAGCAGGACCUGCUGACCUGCGGCCAGUGCCAGACCAACUUCCCGCUCGGCGACAUCCUGGUUUUCAUUGAGCACAAGCGCCGUCUGUGCCGGGGCCCCGGCGGCAGACCCGGGUCCUUUACGAAACCCGGGGAGACCGGCGGGGUCAUGGGCGUCCCCGUCUUGCCCAGGGCCAGGUCGCUGGAGCUGGGCAGAGGGUCCGUUCCCGUGGAGGUGGGCGUCCAGGUGACCCCGGGAGGAGAGGAGGACGAGCAGAGGAGGCUGACGCCGGCCAAGGGGAUCUGCCCCAAACAGGAGAAAGGAGAUAAGGAUGAGCCGUCCAGCUACAUCUGUACAACCUGCAAGCAGACCUUCAGCAGUGCCUGGUUCCUGCUUCAGCAUGCCCAGAACACUCAUGGUAUCCGCAUCUACCUUGACAACCACUUAGCCAACUGCUCCCUCACUCCCCGCAUGGCACUGCCUCCUCCCCCAGGAGUGGACGCGCUGCCCCGCUCCCCUCUCCCCACUUUCCUCGGUGACACCAACAACCCAUUUCACCUCCUCCGCAUGGCUGCACCCUUGCUCAGGGAACACCCCCAUCCUCAAGCAUACAUAGAGACCCGGCUGCCAGCGACACCACCCUUUGUUAGUCCUCCACCUCCCCCUAGACCCCCUCUAGAGCGGCUGGGCCCAGAGGAAAUGGGGCUGCUGUCACAGCACCCCAGUGCCUUUGAGAGGGUGAUGAGGAUGACCCCCAUGGAGCCUCCUCCCAUGGACUUCUCCCGUCGACUGCGAGAACUAGCGGGCAACCCAACCAAUAACGGCGGCCCUACACCUCCUCUCUCACCGAACCGUGUGCCACCCAUGCACCGUCUGUUGAGUCCGACACUUUUUCAGCCUGGCGCCAAGCCCCCGGCAUUUCUCACCUACGCCCCCCAGCCGCCCACCUCUCAGGGGGGACAUGGCUCCUCCAGCCCUCCAGACGUUCAGGGCCAGAAUCAGGCCCUGGGAAAAGCCAAAUCCUGUGAGUUCUGUGGCAAAGUAUUCAAGUUCCAGAGCAACCUGAUCGUCCACAGACGCAGUCAUACCGGAGAGAGGCCGUACAAAUGCCAUCUGUGUGAUCACGCCUGUUCACAGGCCAGCAAACUGAAAAGGCACAUGAAAACCCAUAUGCACAACAAGUCCGGGAACAUGACGGACUCUCCGGAACAGGAAAGUAGAGGAGAGGGAGGAGAAGGUGAGGACAAAGGUAGAGAGGGAGAUGUACGAGCAAUGGAGCUGGAGAAUGAGGAGGAGGAGGAGGAAGAGGAAGAAGAAGAAGAGGAGGAAGAGGAGGAGGAGGAAGAGCUAAGAGACGGAAGUAGACCAGAUUCCAACUUAAGUGAGGACUCCCAAGAAUUCAACCAGAAUAGAGAAAACGGCCCAAGACAGCCCCAUGAAGAUAAACCACUAAGUGGGGACAGAGUUAAUGACAAUGCAGGGGUGGGCAUCAUGCACCCCUACAACCACAUGGACAAUCAUCUUAGACUGAACCCUAAGAAGAGAAACAUGGAGAGACAACCCAAUGGAGACGGUGGAGAGAGGGUUGAGGCAGAAAGAGAGAAUGAACGAGAAUCAGACCGAGAAAGAGAGGAGCAGCGGGAGGCAAGGCCCCUGAUGAAUGGCAGGAUCACUGUAACUGAAGCAGAGUCUUUUCCUGGGCUGUUCCAGCGUCGGCCCACUCCUAUCACCAGCCCGAGCCCGUCAAACAACAAGAGGAUCAAGAUAGAGAAAGAACCUCUGGAGCUUCCACCAGCCAUACCCCUCAUCUCCCCAGAAAACGUUUACUCUCAGCUCCUGGCUGGCUACGCUGCUUCACGCCACUUCAUCAGAGAACCUUUUUUAGGAUUCACUGAUUCCCGUCAGUCCCCCUUCGCCACCUCGUCGGAGCACUCCUCCUCAGAAACGGGGAGCCUCCGCUUCUCCACCCCACCAGGGGAGCUGAUGGAGGGCGGCAGCAUUUCAGGCCACAGCGGCAGCAGCACCCCUCACCUCCUACGGGGACCCGGACCUGGUCGGCCGCCCAGUUCAAAAGACAAGCGGAACGACACCUGCGAGUACUGCGGCAAGGUGUUCAAGAACUGCAGCAACUUGACGGUCCACCGGCGCAGCCACACGGGGGAGAGGCCAUACAAGUGUGACCUGUGCAGCUACGCGUGCGCCCAGAGCUCCAAGCUGACGCGCCACAUGAAGACCCACGGCCAGUUUGGGAAGGAGGUGUACCGCUGCGACAUUUGCCACAUGCCCUUCAGUGUCUACAGCACGCUGGAGAAACACAUGAAGAAAUGGCACGGUGAACAUUUGAUGGCCAGUGAGGUCAAAUUGGAGCAAGCGGACAGAGGUUAAGCCAGAAACAUAUAUUAUAAAGAACAGAGUACACACAAACAUCUCUUCACACACACACACAAACAUAGAAACACUUACAUUCUCACACAAAAUCCCUACAACCACUUCGUCAACAAUGGGGCUUCGCUGGAUUGUGUUUCUCUAGAAAACGAGUUUAAGAUUAAUUGAUGUUUAUCUUUCUUUUUCUUGUCACAAAAACUGCCACCUGAGAAUAUUACCAAAUGGAAACUUUAAUAAUAUUUUGUCUGAAAUGCCCAACUCUGUGUUUCAUGGCAAACAGUUGGAGGAUUUUAUCUGUUAGGAAUCCAUGGAGCCUUUCUACUGUGCAAUAAUUUCUGUAUUUAUUGGAUUUUUGUAAUGAUAUUUGGCAUGUGCAGGUACAUCUUUGUGGGAUUUCAUAUGGAGAUAKUUUUGAAAUGUUCUAAAAUGUUUUUCUUUUUCUAAAAUGCUACAACAGAGAAGACGUCGCCAUUGAAGCAUUUUUUUCCUCUAAGGAAACUUGUUAUCCUGUGAGAGUAAAUUUGUGUAAAGCAGUUAGCUUUUAAAAGUAAAAGAAAAAAAUUGUUACCUGCAGCAGCGGACUACAAUCCAUUCCCUUACACAGGCCUAAAGCACUGAAUGUCAAGCCUGACAAUAAAACACCUUGUUGGAUUUUAAAAAUCCAACAUUAUCUGAGAGAUUUGGUAACUUGGUUUUAGUUUAUUCAGGGAGUUGUGUGUCCUUUUUUUAAAGAAAAAAAUGGCCAAAUUAGAGCAAUUUCAAAAUGCAGUUACUGUAUUUCUGUCCUUGCUGCAGACAGGACAUAAAUAAAGGUUGCACUUAAUGGAGAUACCCUUAACUGACGCUCGGUACAUUCCUAAUGUAGGAUUAAACCACCAUAUUUAAUAUGCUGAAUAAGUUAAGACUACUUGUGAUUAAUUAAUGUGAGAAGGAGAACAGUCCUUUUUAUGGUUUGUAAAUAUAUUCUUUUUUAUAUGUUAAAGAAGCCCUGACUGUACAUGAAAGAUGGCCUAAAUCUAAACAAUCAAAAAAGAAAAAAAGUAUACAGCUGCUCGCAUCAUCCACAAGUAUAUGCUACAUGUAACUGCCAAGACAUUAUUUGUUUAAAAAGCCCAUCUGAUUACCUCUAACAUAAACCCAUUUCAUGUGCUUAAAUUUAUGUUGAACAAAAGCUACUUCACUUUCUAAAUGAUUCCCCAUCUCCUCCUCCUUGUGUCUGAUGUGGCAAGUCUCUGUGACUUCCUGUGUCACCUAAAGACAUGCUCCCCCGCCACCCUAUCAAAAAAAAAAGGGGGGGGGGGUUAAAAUGAAAUUUUAUAUCAAUAUGUGUUACCACGUGUUUUUCUUCCCUUUGCAGCAUGCUCUAAGCUGCUCUCUGACGGUGUCUUUUCACAGUUCACCAACUCAGAUACUUGCAUUAGAGCAGCUUUUAAAAGGAAGCCUGUUCGUUCGCCUCACACAGUGAUAUGGGUUUAACUCCGUUGCAGAUUUUGAGACAGUGUGCCUGUUCGUGUCUUUCGGGGAUUACGUUAUUUUUUAUUUUUCUAUAUAUUUUUUUGAUUUUCUGCAUCGCUCAUCCCUAAAUGAAUCUGGUGCAAAGAAUAAAAAAAAUAGAGGGGCCAUAUGAGUUAUGAUAAUUUGAGCACAGCUGCACUCGGGGAUGGCCGAGCGACCUUGAGCGGGGGCUAUUCUUAUAGCAAAAAUAAAAAAUAAAAAAAGAAAGGUUGAAGCUGAGAAAUGAAGAUGUGUCAGAAACGGAGAGUGCAAGACCUUGACUAGGGAGAAUAGUCAUUCAAAUGAAAUUGGAAGCAUAUGAAACAUGAUUUUUUUUUUUUGGGUACUAAAAUGCACAUCUACUGGCCACAUCUUAUAACAGACCUUCAGAGUGAGACAGAGUGAGCGUGAGAGGGAGGGAGACAGCAAAGCCACAUGAAAAGGGAGAAGAAGACUACAUCUUUCAUUUUCGCACUGCAAUUCUCAGCCAUUGAAAUUGUAAAUCACUUGAAAGUUUGACCUGCUAUUUUGGCCCGUUGCUAAGUAUUAUCUGAACCACUUUGACGGAAAAAAAAAAAGCUGGGCUUUAAAUGCACAUUUUAGAUAAUCUGAGAAAGACAAUUUGGGGAGUCUAGAGUGCUCUAUAAGCUAUGUAAUUAUAUUUUAGUGAAUUAACACAAAACUGGCUUUGAGGAGCUUGCUUAAAUACAGUAAAGUACGAGUGCAAAAAAUAAAAUAAAAAAACAAAGGUGCUGGUUUAAACAUACGGUGAAUUAUUUCCCCGUUACAGUGAGGCUAUGGAACCACGCUCAAACAGUGAACAGUGGAAACCUCACAGAGACCCAAAUCAUAUGGACAUUCAGUCUUACAAUAUGUUUACAGUGUUGAAGUACGCCAUUAAAGAAAUACUCGGUGUAUUUAAAAUGUUUUUUUUAAGUAUUUGUUUUUCACCAAUUUUCUCUUGGAUAAUGCCAUUACAAAUUUUUGUAUGAUUUUCCUGGUGGAGGGAUUUUAUCUAUACAUCUGUAUGAUUGUUCACUGUAUGGAUUAAUUUUUUUUUUUGUAAUGUCGCAGAAUAAUGUCAGAUUUUUUUUUAAUGUUUUAUGACAACAAUGGUGCACAUUCUUGACUCCAGGUAUUUUUUUCUUUAUUUUUUUCUCCCUCUUUUAAGCUAUCCAUGGAUUUAAAGCAACAUUAUUAGAAAUGGGCAAUUUAAAUAAAAAAGAAGAUUUUUGGCAGGGGAAUACAGUAGUUUUGCGCAGGAAUCGUUUUUUUCCCUGGUCAUUUUUACAAGACUUUUGUGGACAUCACGUUUUGCCGUCUUUUCCUCAUGAUUGGUUGAAGAUCUUGUCAUGGCACUUAAUAACUGUAAUUUUGAAAACAUUUUCAUAUCUCACUUUUCACAACUUUCACUUACACUCUUUGUACAAAAUAGUUUUCUUGUUCUUUUUUUUUUUGAGGAGCGUACGGGGAGUGCAUCAUUGUGAAAAAAAGUGUUUUCAGAACAGUACACAUCUGCUGUUUUGAACAUAUAUGUAUUUUUGUAAUGUGUUGAAAAAUCAAUACAAGAAAGCCAACACUUCAAUAAAUGUUGCAAUUGCUCUAUGAUUGAA